AUGCUUCAUGGCGAAGCAAAAAAGAAAAAGCAUGCCUUUCUACCAGUUGUGGCAGUUCAGUGCACAUUUUAUGGGCUAGAGACCUUAUUUUUUUGGGGUCCAAAAAUAUCCAAAGUGUUCGACCGUCUUGUGGGAGUGGCUGCAAGAGGGGCUCCUGGUGGGGCUCCAACCCCGCCCCCCCCGGUAAAACGAGGUUCAGCAAUCGAGAACUUCGAGGUCCGCAUCUGGAGUCGACCUUUGGGGGAGCAAACCCCUGACGCGAUGGAAAAAAUCAUCAGCCUGGCAGCCAGACUUCAUGGAUCUUAA